UCAGUUCUCUACUCAACUGUCUAUUGAGAUCAUCCAAUCAUUUUAUUUAAGUUAAUUUUUCAAUAUAUUUUAUUUCAAAAGCAAAGUGCAAGCGAUGUCUCACACCAUUCUGUUGAUACAUCCAAAGCCAUCGUCGUCGACUCGCACCUACAGUGAAUAUGACAGCGUUAAAGAAUGUCUGGAGGCAAUUUGUCAAAUCUACGAAGAGCAUCUGAAGCGACAAAGUCCCAAUGUGCCAACGAUAACCACUUCAAGCUAUGCGCCUUAUAGCAAAGAAUGGAUCAAGGAUCAAAUCUAUAUUUUAUUUCGCGAAAAAGCAAUGGAUACUGACAAGUAAAGAGUUUUACAAUUUGUUAAUUUUGUGAAUAAAAAUGUUGCAAGUUGUUGGCUAAUUUAUGAGCUCAAUUGUGAAA